UUUUUUUUCUACCAGCUUUCUUCUUUUAGUGCUCAUGAUUUUUUAUAAAAGGAACGCUUAUUUUAUUUGUGAAUAUUCAGCGACCCAGUUCAUACAGCUACAAUAAAUCCAGUUCAUCUCCCAGAUAUUCCGGAAGGUCUGUUUGCCGUGGAGGCAACUUUUGUUUUUCCCAUCGGGAACCAGGGCGGAAAGCAUCUGUCUGGGUGGCUUCCUGCUGCUGAACUGGAGAAAGUGAAGCAGGGAGCCUCCGUCAGAGUAGAGCCUCCUCAGAAGCUCCCUGCCCUGCCUCCUGCGUGGCCGUGUCCUUCGAGCUCUCCUUGACUCUGCGCAGUCCCGGCUCCUGGUCCCGUCUCCCACACCCUGUCAUGCGGGUGCGCUGUCUGUUAUGGAACAUGUAACGCAAGACCCGGAGGUCUCGGCCACCCUGAGGUACCAUGUGGACCGACCCGUGUACACCGAAGGGGACAUCGAGACCCGCGUCCUGCACAAGAGGGGCAGGACUCCACCGACCAUCCGGCAACGGCUCGCGGAGAAACUGCGCUGCUCCUCGGAGAGGGCCCGGGCCAUUGUGUUCAGCUUCCUGCCCAUCCUGACAUGGCUGCCCUCCUACCCCGUCCGCCAGUACCUGUUCGGGGACGUGGUCUCGGGCCUCAGCACCGGGGUCAUGCAGCUACCUCAAGGUCUGGCCUACGCGAUGCUGGCUGCCGUACCUCCCGUGUAUGGCCUGUACUCCUCCUUCUACCCUGUCCUGCUCUACACCUUCUUCGGGACCUCCAGGCACAUAUCUAUAGGCACCUUCGCUGUGAUCAGCCUGAUGAUCGGGGGCGUGGUCGUGAGGGAGGCUCCUGACUCCAUGUUUUACGCGCAAGUCCUGAAUGGAACCAACGUGACCGCUGUGCUGGACACAGAGGCCCGGGACGCCAGGCGGGUCCAGCUGGCUGUGGCCCUCACCUGCCUGGUGGGCAUCAUCCAGCUGCUCCUGGGCCUGCUGCGCUUCGGCUUCGUGGCCAUUUACCUGACGGAGCCGCUGGUGCGCGGCUUCACCACGGCCGCCGCCGUCCACGUCUUCAUCUCGCAGCUCAAGUACCUGCUGGGCGUCCAGACCAUGCGCUUCAGCGGCACCCUGUCGGCCAUUUUCAGCCUGGUGGCCGUUCUGAAGAACAUCCUGAGCACCAACGUCGCCACUCUCGUAGUGGGGCUGGUGUGCGUGGUGUUCCUGUACGGGGUGAAGGACCUGAACGACCGCUUCAAAAAGAAGCUUCCGAUUCCCAUUCCCGGAGAGAUCAUCGUGGUGAUCGUUUCAACUGGGAUCUCGUACGGGAUGCAGCUCUUUGAGAACUACAAUGUGGAAGUUGUUGGAAAAAUUCCCUCAGGGCUUCUUCCACCUGCUGUUCCGGAUUUUUCCGUUCUGCCCAACCUGGUCACAGACUCCAUUGCCAUCGCCAUCGUGGGCUUCUCAAUGGGAAUCUCCCUGGCCAAGAUCUUUGCGCUUAAGCAUGGAUACAGCGUCGAUGGCAAUCAGGAGCUGAUUGCCAUGGGUAUCUGCAACUUCACAAGCUCUUUUUUCCACACAUUCGCCAUCACCUGUUCCAUGUCCCGCAGCCUGGUCCAGGAAAGCACAGGGGGCAACACACAGAUAGCGGGGCUUCUGUCAUCUCUGGUGGUCCUUUUGGUGGUGAUUGCCAUUGGUUUCGUGUUCGAGCCACUGCCUCAGACGGUGCUGGCGGCCAUCAUCAUGGUGAACCUGGUGGGCAUGUUCAAGCAGCUGAAGGACAUCCCUGCCCUGUGGAGAACCAGCAGGAUCGAGCUGGCUAUCUGGCUGGUGGCCUUCGUGGCCUCGGUUUUGUUGGGCCUUGAUUACGGGCUCCUUGUGGCCAUUGGAUUUGCCAUCCUAACUGUCAUUUAUCGGACUCAGAGUCCGAAGAGUAUUAUUCUUGGACAGGUCCCUGACACAGGGAUGUACUACGAUAUUGAAGAAUAUGAAGAGGCCACUGAAUGUACUGGGAUUAAGAUAUUCCACACAAACACUUCCAUCUAUUUUGCGAACAGUGAACUCUAUGUCAGUGCCCUCAAGGAAAAGACGGGAGUGGACCCAACGCGGCUGCUGGCCGCGCGGAACUCCCACAGGGAAAAGGUGAAGAAGUGGGAGAGAGAGAAGAGGUCCUCGGAGCAGACCACUCCUCAGAAAGUGAGAGCCAUCGUCAGACUGGAUGUAGAGAUGGGUGUGACUCACGAGGUGGUGGGUAGGGAGGAGCCCCAAAAGAACGGCCAUGUCCUGGAGGCGGACUCGGACUCCGAGGAGACCCUCAUGUUCCUGGAGCCCCUCAACGCCGUCCACUCCAUCGUCCUGGACUUCAGCCCCGUCAACUUCAUCGACUCGGUCGGAGCCAAAGCCGUCAAAUCUGUAAUAAAAGAGUAUGCAGAGGUUGACGUACAGGUUUUUCUUGCUGGCUGCAGCAGGACCUUGCUGAAGGACCUGAAGACGCUGAACUUCUUCGGCGGUGCGGUGACCCCGGAGCGGGUGUUCCCGUCCGUUCACGACGCCGUGCUGUUCUGCCAGCACCGGCUGGACCUCCGCAGGGACAGCCCGCCCCCCAGCGACAGCCCGCCGGCCAGCCACGGUCCGGGAGACGCCGACGCCAGCGGGGCGGAGGAGUGAGGCGGCGGACCCAGCGGGAGCCCCGGGCACAGACGCGCACACUUUCCAAAAUCCACUUCCACUUCCUGUCCCUGGCGAAGAGUGGGUGGAGUUUACGGAUAACAUUCCAGUAGGCCUUCUUGUAAGGUGGGGAGAUGAAGAGCCAUUUAAGAUAUUUAGCAGCCUUUGGUUUUUUUUUUUAACCAAACAGUGGUACAUAUUCACCAAUGAGGCUCUUUCUGUUUCUCUCAGUAUUGCUUCUGAAAGAUCACAAGUUGAAUAGGUAUGGUCAGAGUAGCGAUCUUGCUUCUGUUACACGUCUUUGGGAAAAAUAGACAUCAAAUAGACUUACAGAAAUGGAGGUGAUGAUACAUGUAAAUAAAAAGGUUUCAGUGUAUCCCCUCCCCAAAGAAAGGCAAUUUUUUAAUGUAUGCUGCUUUUAUCUUGGACAAUAUGACGAUGGCAGGCAGGUUGUAUUCUGCUUGCAGUGUUCUUAUCCUCUGUAGAUCCUGCUUUCUGCUUCGUUCUUGGCGGUGUGGUGUAUCGUCCAGGAUUGUACCUUGCCAUGUAUAGUGAGCAGGCCUUCAUCAGCCAGAAGACACUAUACCUAUGCUCAUGUUGAGUCUUGCUUUCUGGAAACGCAGAACAGGAGAGUAAAUUUGCUGCUGCAUUUGUAUUGUUUUGUGUGAUGUUCAAAUUCUUAAUUCGUUAGAGAAGACCUGUUGAAAAAAAGAUGUGCCCCCCCCCCCCCCCACAGAGGUGCCCCAUGGGACAUAUAGAACACUUUAUUUUGUGUUUUAUGUCUAUGUUACUGAUACAGUGAAAUGGCCCAUGAAUGUGCUUGUUACAAUCAGAUGGUUUGUGUCUGGCUGGCUGAAUUGGAGGAGACUAAAAUUUAGACUUAAGGAAUCAUUUCCCUCAUUCUGUUGAUACUGGAUUAACAAUCAAGUGGUUAAUUACCUGAAUCAAUCUUUAGUAGACUAAUUUACUUUUAGCUGUGUCAGUUCUGUAAAACCUGUUUGGUUUUACAGAUGGUACAGCAUCAUGUGACAGCCUGUUUUUUCUGUACCCUGUGAGAUAUGGGUAGAUUUACUUUGUUCCCAUAAUUAUGCAUAAUUAUGACAUACAGAGCAUUAAUCUGCGGUAUGUUUGCAAGGCCUUGUGCUCCACUGUGGAGUUUGUUUAACCCACAGUUAGAGAAAUUCACCUCAAUCCACUGCUCAACUAAAAUUGCUGCCUUUAAAAUCCUUGUAAUGAUUAUAUACAGAUCCUGGACAGUAAUUACGUGUGCAGACGACUGACAUGCUAGUUACCUGAGCACAGCCAAUGGGAACAGGUCGAGGCCACUUGCUGAUUUAAAGGAAAGAUUUCAGCCUCCUUCAUUUCAGGGUCACAAGCCUCCACCGAUCUGUGUAUCUGUAGACGUUACGGAUUACUCCACCUGCAUAACACUGCACUGUGGGAGCUUCCUUUUUAGGUUUAUCCUAAAUUUCCAUUUAUUUAUUCUGUGCAAACAUAGAAAAGGUGGGGACCAGUCAGAAUGAAUAGUUUUUUAAAAACUAUUUUAUGUUGAACGUUUUUGUUUAAGUGUAUGGCAACAGAUACUGUGAGCAGGAAUCCUAGAUUUUGACAAUUAAUUUAUUGCCUAUGAACAUUUUACAAAGGAUGUUCACAACAUGGUCCUAUGUCAGUUUCUGGUGACUGUUAGAUGUGUGAAAUUCUGCAUUUUGAUGGACCUUAAUCAUUUUCUCAAUCUUUGAUGGAAUAUAAACUGUAAGCCUAUUCACUGGCUUCCCAGAAAUACCUGGCUCUUUUCAUACGGGCAUUUAACAAAAAUUGUCGCUUUUUUCUGUAUUCGUAUUUCUAUUUUUGUAUACACAUUAUCCAUGAAGCUGAAUAAUUACUGAAGCAACUCCAGUUAAGUACCUCACGCAAGGGUGAUACAGCAGUCCAGUCUUGAGAUGACCCAUUGUGCCACACGACAACCAUUAGCUCCUGUUUUGCUGUACUGUGUGUUACCGUAUGUCUAUAGUGUGUGUGCACGCGCAUCCUUCCCGAGAAACCAAAUAUUUUUGUAAAACAGAUUAAAGAAAAUGUAUUGGUGAAAAUGUGCUUUGUCUUAGAACUGAUGCACUUUUUACAUAUAAUUAAAUUUGUUCCAAGAUAAAUAA